UGCCAGCAACAGGCAGCUGCGGCGGGCGCAUCUGUGCGCUUACCUUCUUUGCUCCCGCACGGCGGGCCGCAUCCGACUGCUGCACUAGGCGGCGCUUCCACUGGCGGGCAGUUGCCAAAUUUGCCGACUCCGGUUUCCGCGGCGGUAGAAGAGGAAGAGUGCGAUUACACAAGCUUAUUCGGUACACUAAACGGUGAACUGUACGAAAUGAAUUAAGUCUCGAAAGGAGAAGGCAAACAUUAAUUAAAGGUAAAUAGUUAGACUGCUACAGUGUUUACAAGGAGAAAAUCCGCGACUGAACAAUGAAAAUUUAGAUUUCAUUCAGUUGUUAUAAGGCCAAAUACAAACAUAAAUAUAUCCUACGUGGAAUUUUGUUACUAGGUGAAACGUGUCCUUUAGCGUUUCGUGCGUCAGCUCAUCUUCAGCUACCACACAACAUCAUAUCAACUCCCUGAGAGAAGCCGGUUACCGCAGCUAGUUAAUAACAGAAAGGAAGCAUACGGUUCGCAAUCAUAGUUCAACUGAAAGCCAUCUUCCUGCGACGUGAUCUGUCUCACCUCCACGAGCUUGAAUAACUGAGGCGUCUACGGGCUCCGAGGGCUGUCGUACAAUACUCGGUAGCGCCUAAGCUGGGAGCUGAAGCCCCGACCACAGCGCCACCUGGAGGACGACCGCAGCGGCUGCCGCCAUGGUGGACUUCGGCAACACGCAGAAGGACCGCUGGGUGUGUCCCAACGACCGCCAACUCGCGCUCCGAGCCAAGCUGAGGACGGGCUGGUCGGUGAAGACGCAGUCGCUGGAGCAGUACGGCGGCCAGGCGGACAACCCGUCGCUGAGCGAGCAGGAGCAGGAGACCAUCCUGCAGGUGAUCCGCCGCGCCGAGAUGCUCGACCUCACCGAACAGGAGCGCGUCGGACGGCUGGUGGAGCGUCUGGAGAACAUGAAGCGCAACGCGCUGGGCAACGGCACCAGCCAGUGCGUGCUCUGCGGGGAGACGUUCGGCGUGCUGGGGUCGCCCAGCCUCAUCUGCCACGACUGCAAGAAGGCUGUGUGCCAGAAAUGUGGCUUCGAGACGUUCACCGCUCACAAGGAGCCCAUUUCACUCUGCAAGAUUUGCUCUGAGACACGAGAAAUGUGGAAGAAAUCGGGCGCCUGGUUUUUCAAGGGCUUACCGAAAUAUGUACUGCCAGAGAAGAAGACGAAAGACGGUGGCGGGAAGUACGGAGUGCGCAGAAUACAAAGGCCAGGCCUCGAGAAGAACAGCUGGUCGCGAGCUGGCAGGCAAGGCCACAAAGGCGGCGCAGACGCGGAAGAAGAGAGCAGCUCGGAGGAGGAAGUGCCGAAGAAGGCGUACGCGCCGCGCACCAGCAUCCUCGACUCGGCGCCGACGGGCCCGCCGCCAACGGACACGUCGGGCUCCAACAGCAGCUCUGGCACCCGGCAAGGCAGUCUGGCCGCGGGUGAGCCUAGCCUGCGGGCUACUUCUCCCGGCGUCCCGUCUCAGAGAUCAGAGUCCAUAUCACUGGCUAGUGACGGAGAUCUUUCGGUAGGGCAGCCGGGCAGUGACACUCACCGUGCAAUGGCAUACCUUGGUGCUAGCACAGAUUUUUAUCCAUCUGAGACUGCAAGUAUGUCCAGUGUCAUGUACAGCAGACAAAGCAGCAUUAACCAGCCAGAAAUUAUGCGCCAGCAGAGUUUGAUGGGAGUGACAACAAAUUCUUUCAGUGCCAGCAAUUCACUCUGGGAGGCAACAAUUCCAAACAGUGUUACAGAGGGACCCGAAGUUGCACCCUAUUCAGCCCAGCGUUCUCCCAGUUCCAGCCACAUGAGGAGGGACUCCCAGGCCUCAAGCACAUCACGGGACUGGUAUUUGUCAGAUGACAGAACAUCCAUAGGUAGCAGUUCUGUUAGUGGUCAGCACACUUCAAGUACUGCUGGUGAUACAGCUGAAGAUUUUACUGACAGUGCAGGAGAAAAUGUCCAGUUAGGCAAACUAGAGUUAUCAUUGCUCUAUGACUCCUUUGCUGGUGCACUUCAUUGUUCACUUCACAGAGCAAAAGGAUUGAAACCAAUGGAUAUCAAUGGGCUAUCAGAUCCAUUUUGCAGACUUAGUCUCAUACCAGCAGAAGGAAGGUCCAAUACAUUAAGAACUAAAACAGUCCACAAGACAAGAAAUCCAGAGUUUAAUGAAACUCUCACAUUUUAUGUAGUAUCAGAGGAAGAGAUCAACAGGAAAAUACUGCAUAUUGUCAUUUUGGAUGAUGACAAGUAUGGCAAUGACUUCAUUGGAGAAGCCCAUAUUCCUCUAUCUUGCCUUAAGAUGCAGCAAAUGAAGCAUUUUAAUGUUCCACUGGAGAAACAGUUUCUGGUUGAGCAGGGAGACAACAUGUGGAAUAAUGAUGCUUGGACACGUGGACAGAUCCUAGUCACUUUGUGUUAUUCCACUAAAAAGAAGGCAUUGAUUGUGGGUAUUGUCCGCUGUGCAAAUCUUAUUCCUAUGGACAACAAUGGCUUUUCUGAUCCAUUUGUCAAACUGAGGCUGAAACCUGAUCCAUACCAUCGUAAACACAAAACUUCAAUUAAAUGGAAGAAUCUGAAUCCUGUUUUCAAUGAAGAAUUUGCUUUUGAUACGAAGAUGACAGAUCUUCCAAAACAAGAACUUGAGAUCACAGUAUGGGACAAAGAUUAUGGGAAAAGUAAUGAUUAUCUUGGUGGUCUGGAACUCAGCUGCCGCUCAAAGGGAGAACGACUGAAGCACUGGAUUGAUAUGAUCAAAUUCCCAGACCACAAACACGAAGGUUGGCAUAAUCUGGGAGAAGAUUUGCUAGGAGACUGAACUUCUCCAUAGCAGUACAACAUUUUACUGAAAUUCUAGCUGAAAGUAUUUUCGCUCUCAUAAUUCUUACGAAGAAAUUACCACAGUAGAAGACUGAGAAUACAUCUGAGGUCAUCAAUAUAUUGUAUGCCUUAUUGUCGUGGAAUAAAAUACAGUAGAUGUUAGAUUUCACAGCACUGAUCUUUCAGGGAAUGCAAAGUGCCUAGGCUGUAUGAAGUGACUAUAUUCAUAGAAGAAAAGUAAACAACUGAAUUAAAAAAUGUAUGUAAUUACUAAGACUUUGACAUUAUAUCUGAAUAUUUUUGUUACUUCCUCUUAACUACUGAAAUUAAUAUUCAACUAAGCAAGCAAUAGCUGUCAAUAGAUACACAGAUUAUUGGUAUAGGUGUCACUCUGUAGCUGUAGCCAAUCACACUGCCAAAUGAUAGUGCAAUGCCCCAUAUUAAUAGUGCAAACAAAGCAUCAAUCUUAAUUUGCUUACUGGUUAGCAGUGGUAGGUGAACACUAUCUGCAACAAGUUUCUUUGCAGGUAUUCUAUUAUGAAUGAUUAUUUUAUUUGUAAUUUUAGUAUGACACUUUUUACUGGAAAAUUCUGUAAGCUAUCUCUCUUAAGCUAUUUGUCACUUAUUUAAAGAUACAAACAGCACUCAGUAUGCAACAAUGUCCAGUACAAUGAUAAUGUUAUGCACAAAAAAACUGCAAAAGUCAUGAUCAAAGAAACAGAAAUGGAGGCGAAAACUGAUUUUUUUUUUUUUUUUAACUAGUCAUACAGAAUGACUGUACAUAUUUUCUCUCUCCCUCACCCUCCCCUCUCCCCCUUGCCAACCUCUCACCAUGCACCCACCUCUAUCCGUCAGCCUUGCCUCUGCAGUAAAACAUUACUGCCUUUCAGUACAAGCUUCUGCUACAUUCUUCAGUGUUUCAGCAGUGUGUAAGUGUAAAAAUGGCAUUAUCUUAAGCAAUAAUAGAAACAAAGAGUCCCUCCAUAACAUUGAUCCUCAUACAAGAGAUGGUGUUACAGAACAGUUGGAGUACUUGGUGACAAGAUUUGUCUCCUAUAUUAAGUAUUCCUAAUACCAUUACAAAUCAUCUAUAACUAAGAAUACCUAAAAAAACACACAUAAAACAUAUAUUAUUUAUGUUAGAGUAUAUAUUUGACUGUUUCAUAUGUCAGGCAAAAAUGUAAAGCACUUUCCUGGUGUAACUACUAUGUUGGCUAGUUUAAAGGAAUCCACAGUGUGUUCCACUGUCUUACCAUAAUGCUGGUAGAAUAUGGCAAAUAUUUGACAAAACAUUAUUAUAAGUUUCUAAACUUCAGUUAGUUGAUUGUUAUGCAAGAGUACAAAACAACUUGUAGAGAAAUUCUCCAUACUAGCUGCAAUAAGUUUAAUACUCGUUUCAGCUUUAUUUCCAUUCUCAAGUAACCUAUGAAUACAAAAUUGGUGAGACUAUCAACACACAUGGUGGUUUACCAUGUGAAUAAUUAUAUACAGGAAUUAUACAGGGUGUUCAAUAAGCAACUAUGCAGUUCACAAUUGCUGUACUAAAGUCAUAGAAGUUAUAAGAGAUGCUGGAAGUGAUCCUCUUGAACUUGAAGACAAAGUUGCACAUGUUUUUGCAUGUUCUUGAAGAUGUUGUGCAGAACAUUGGGAGUAAUGUUCCGAAUGAGGCAUUUCAGUGCAGCUUGGAGUUCUUGUAUGGUGCGCGCACACUGACUUCAUAGGCCUUUCCCUUCAACAUACCCCAUAGAAAGUAAUCCAAUGGAGCCAAGUUGUGUACACACAGAGGCCAGAGUCCUUGAGAGGUGAUGCAGUCACUGAAGAUAUCCUUUAAAACAUUCAUUGCCUUGUGGGUGGUAUGUGCAGUCACCCUGUCCUGUAGGAACCAGGCAUUCUCUAUUUUUACCUCAUUCAGUUCACCUAGGAAGGGUUCCAGAAUGCAGGUGCAGUACUGUUCUGCAUUUAGGGUGUCCUGAAAGAAGCUCAGCCCAAUGAUUCAUUUACAAGUCACAGUGCAUCAAGCAACAAUCUUUUGAUCAUGCAUUGGGGGACACCUUAAAUUCAUGUGGAUUCUCCGUAGCCCACACAUGACUAUUCUGGUUUUUCAUGUAACCAGGGAGAUACAACCAUGCCUCAUCUGUGGAAAAAUGUUGUGUCAAGAAUCCCCUCACCAUUUUCCUCCAGGGAGAACAGAAACCAGUUGCAAAAGUUCACAUGUGCCUGGUGAUCAGUGGCUCUCAGUUCAUGCAUGAAUGACAUUUUGUACAGAUACAUGGACAGUAAUGUCCAGAGAGUCUUUUGAGCAGAACCCACAGACACAUGGGCCUGCUGAGCUAGUCAUCUAACCAAUUUGUUUGGACUUUUCAGCAUCAUGUCUUGCACUUCCACAACCUUCUCUUCGGAUGUGGAUGACCUGCCUGAUUUUGGAGCCUUAUGAACGCUUCCAGUCUUUUUAAACUUGGCAAUGAUGUUACGUAUAGACUUAAGGUCAGGCAUCUUCAGUCCUGGGAGCUUUGCUCCAAAUGUAGCUUCUGCUACUGAGGUAAACAUUUCUCCAUUGCGGAACACACACUCCACAAGAAACAUUCUUUUUUCAAUUGUCAUCAUGUUGACCUAGAUCACAACGUCAUCACACAAGAUGCUGGUCUUCAGUCAAACCGGACCUACGAAUAGAUACAAAUACCUGGUUAAGUAUGGUUCAAAUAUAUGUUAAACAAUGGAAAAUGUUGACUUAACAACUGACAGUCAUAUCAGUCAUUACUCAGCACACCACAACAUGGCACUGCAGAGAUACUUUUUGAACACCCAGUAUUUUGUUUUUUUACAUCCAGUUUGAUUUGAGAUCCAUAUUAUAUCUGUUGUAAACUGUUAUUGUCUAAUUCUUAGUGAAUACACAACAUGUAGUAAUUAUAAAUGUACAAAAUACAUUUUGACACUUAUUUGACAGUUUGUUUACCAUAAAGUACAAUUUGACAUUUAUUGAUAUUUUGUUUACUAUGAUGAGACUAUUUACAACUACUAAACAAUGAUAAUGCUACAUUUGAAUGAUUUGAGUUCUCUGUGAAUUAUGUCUUUGAUCUGAGUACAUUUUCUUGUCCAUAUGUAACACCUCUUCUCCUAUUCCAGUAUGUCAACAAAGGUUUUCAAGUAAUAUUUAUGUUUAAAGUCUGUGUGUUUAUUUAGUAUCUCAUGUGCAUAGGCUCUCAUGUGGAUAUAGGCCUAUAUCCCCAAUUCUUCAAGUACAUUCAUAGUGAUUCCUUUCAGUAUUCUGUGUAGAAUUUGUAAUGCAGUUUCAGUUUUCACAGCUAUAUGGUGUUGGUUUCUUAGAAGUAAAAAGAAGCUAGGGUGAUUACUGUUGCUAUUUCUGGAAAACUUUAUUGACAUACUGGAACACAAAAAGGGACAGUACCUAUGGACAACAAAACAUUCUCAGGCCAAAGAUGUAAUUCAGUCACUGAAAUAUAACAUCCUCUCCCUCCACACAAAGACACAUUUUGCUUCCUCUGUGGUCUGAAUGAGGCUAUUUACUGUGAACAAAUGGAUAGAUGAUAGCAAAAAACAUCUCAGUUAAGUAAUUAGUAUCUUUCAGAUGCUACCACAUAUUUAAUCACACAUUCUGAUAUUUUGGGUUUUCAUCAGUUAUUUUUACUAUUCAGUUAACACCUUUCAGUGUAUCACCAUGUUUCCUGUCUGAGUUUGAUUAUCUAUAUUCUUGACAUGCAUUUGUCAAAUUAUUAAACUACUCCUGGAGUCAUCACAAUCUUCAUCAAUCAGCACCUGGUCAUCAGAGAAUGUGGGAGAUUGUGGUAUAUCAUCUCCUACUAGGAAACAUUUGCUUCUCCAUAUCUUUAAUAAUGCUUCUUCCAUAUAAAUUGUAUACAACAGAAAAUUUAGUGGAAAACCUUAGCAUAGCAUUUUGCUGUGACUCACCUGGAGAGCCAUGUGCCUUAAAGCACCACUACUCAGACAGGGAGGUGAAUUGGCCACAGAUGUAAUCUUCACAGUGGAUUAACAGUGAGGGUCUGUGUGCUGGCCAGCAUGGAUGUGGUUUUUAAGGGGUUUCCCACAUACCACUAGGUGAAUACUAGACUGGUAUCCAAGCCCUGCCUCAGCUAUACAAUUUGCAAACAUUUAGAAAACUUUUGCUCACUUUCACAUGAAUAAAACUACACCAGACCAUUGGGGUACAU